AUGGAAGAAGAAUUCAAUUUAACAUAUAAAUCCUAUGAUGCAAAGAAAAAUUUACUUGAACAUCGAGCAGAAGAGCAAAAACGUCUUUUUUCAGAGAGAUGUUAUGCAGAAGGCACGUCAAUGUUUAUUUUAAACGAAAAAUUAAAACGAAUUAAAGUCAUUCAAGAGAGAUUACAAGAAUUAAAAGGCAAUAAGAAUUUAAUGCCUACAGAACAAGAAGUUCGUGAUGCUUUAUAUAGAAAUAAACUCGAAGCAGAAAUGAUUAGUCCAGACCCUGAAUUAGGAGUCAAUCAACUUAUUGAAGAUGAUUUAACUACGAAAAUAGCAGAUGAAAUUCGAAUACCUCAACUCAAAAACAAAAUUUUUGAAUUAGAAUUGAAGAAGAAAGCUCUAAUGCUAUUGGUUGAUAAAAUCCUUCAACAAGAUCAAGCGUAG